GAGUGGAGAAGUCAUGACAUCCAACCCCGAACUUCAGGGAGUAGUAUACAAUGGGGCGGAUAGUUACUCGUCUGGAAUGGAGAACAGUAGAAAGGUUGUACGGACGGCCAUUAAACAAUUGCUGCAAUGUGUAGAGAAUCUGUUGAAGCCAGGGAAUGGGAAUUCCAGGACGAUAUGUAUAGCUGAGUUUGGAGCUGCUGACGGAGGUGUGUCAUUGGAGCUCAUGGACACGGUAAUAGAUAAUAUCAACCAGAUGUCCAGCGAUCCCCGGGAAAUUACACUUGUUUACGAAGAUCAAUUGUUUAACGAUUUCAACGUUCUAUUCCAGACGGUCCACGCAACGAAUUCGGAAAUAUGCAAUAAAUUGUCCGUACGCGAUAACGUACACGUGCUAGCCAGUGCUACAUCAAUGUACCGGAAAUGUCUACCAACAGCUUCCGUCGAUUUGGCUUUCUCUUCAAUGGCAAACCACUGGCUCAGUGAAAAACCCUGUGACAUCCGAGGCGGGAUAUUCCAGAGUGACUGUGACAGGAAUGAACUAGAAGCGUUUCGACACCAAUGGCAGACCGACUGGAAACAGUUUCUAUCGUGUCGAGCCAAGGAACUCCAACCAGGAGGAUACUUGGUGGUGGUUUCCUUCGUCACUGAUGACGUAGGACGGUGUAACAACCACGUGGGAGAGGACUCGUAUGAUGUGUUCUCUAGUAUCUGGAAAGGAUUUCGGCAAAGUGGAAAAAUUAGUGAGGAAGAAUUUAUCUACACCUCGAGCGUGACCUACCAUCCCUCUAAAACCGAGCUCGUGCAGCCAUUCCAAGCCGACAUUGAAGGAAGUCUGUCGCUGGUUUCCUGUACACAGAGAGACGUGGAAAUACUCCCUGGUCUAGCAACCGAAACAGGUAUCGAGGACAAAGAGACGUUUGUGGACAGAUCCCUAAACUGUAUAAAACCAUGGAUGUACAAUAUUCUCAUGUCAGGACUUUCCCCAGAUCGAACCGAGGCAGACAAAGGCAGACUUCUCGACGAAUAUUUCAAGACGCUUCGUAAUAUCCUUAUGCAAAGGACCACGUUUUGUCCUAUAUUAUACAGAACGGCUUGCGUGAUAGCUAAACGAACAUAGUUCUAUGGAGUUGUAGAAUUAUCGUUUUAAUUAUCACCAUCAAAUUGUUAUAUUUUAGCUAAAUUGACUUUGUUGCAAUUGCGAGUAUGAAGUGAUUUAUUCACGCAGGAAAAAAGUUCGGAAAUGAAAAAGUGUUUUAAAUCUACUAGGAAUUGCUCAACAUUUACUCGCUAACCAGCGGUCUCCUUUUACUGUUUACUCACUCGUACCAGUGGCGGCUAUCAACUAUUUGUUCGCUCGUACCAGUGGUCAAUAUCAACUAUUUGUUCGCUCGUACCAGUGGUCACUGUCAACUGUUUACUGACUCGUACCAGUGGUCACUAUCAACAGUUAACUCGCUCGUACCAGUGGUCACUGUCAACUGCUUACUCGCUCGUACCAGUGGCCACUGUCAACUGUUUACUGGCUCGUACCAGUGGCCACUGUCAACUGUUAACUGGCUCGUACCAGUGGUCACUUUCAACUGAUUACUCGCUCGUACCAGUGAUCACUGUCAUCUGUUUACUCGCUCGUACAAGUGGUCACUUUCGUCUGUUUACUCGCGCGUACCAGUGGUCACUGUCAACUGUUUACUCGCUCGUACCAGUGGUCACUGUCAACUGUUUACUGGCUCGUACCAGUGGUCACUGUCAUCUGUUUACUCGCUCGUACCAGUGGUCCUUACUUGCUCGUACCAGUGGUCACUGUCAUUUGUUUACUCGCUCGUACCAGUGGUCAAUAUCAACUAUUUGUUCGCUCGUACCAUUGGUCACUGUCAACUGUUUACUGUCUCGUACCAGUGGUCACUGUCAACUGUUUACUGUCUCGUACCAGUGGUCACUAUCAACUGUUUACUGACUCGUACGAGUGGUCACUAUCAACUGUUAACUCGCUCGUACUAGUGGUCACCGUCAACUGUUUACUGGCUCGUACCAGUGGCCACUAUCAACUGUUUACUCACUCGUACCAGUGGCCACUGUCAACUGUCUACUGGCUCGUACCAGUGGCCACUGUCAACUGUUAACUGGCUCGUACCAGUGGUCACUUUCAACUGAUUA